UUGCCAGUUCGAUAGGUAAUUUUUUCACGUUUUGCGUGACUUCUCUUCAUUGACUGUCGAUAAACUGAACGUCAAUGGUUGUUUUGUUUUAACCAAAUUCUUAACGUUUUCACGGGAUACAAUAUUGCUAGACAAUCAUGUGUAGAGUUGUCCUUACUCUCGUUGCCCUAACCAUAUUAAUACGUGUUAGUACCCUUUUGGCAUAUGAUCCAGGAGAUAUGGAAAUACAAAAUGUGAUCCCAUCCAAUGGCACAUUCGCAGCUUUCUAUCCUCGUGAAAUGAAUGGGAUUGCAAAUGGCAAUGCAAGGGCACCAUUCGCACAUGGCAGUUUCUACAAGAAUCGAAACCCUGCCCUAGUGGACGUUCGGAAUGCAGCUGCAUAUGGAUAUCGCUUCGAUGGAAAACGCCGGUUCAAUUUCCGUUGAUUGAAUGCAUGGUCGAGAUCACAUUAAAGCCUUAGAGUUUAUUUAAGAGAUAAAUAAAGCAUACACAAAACGAUGUU